AUGCUCUACGUUCACACACGCAUUCUUCCUGACACGCCGUACAUAACACUGCGUGGUCAGCCAGCCGAGGCGUCAGGCCAGGAGGUCGCGGGCCGCGUAAUGAUCUCACUUGGACGCUCGAUCAAAAUCAAGUCGGUCAGGAUCUCGUUCCAGUCGCGAUCCAGCACCCGGCACCUGUCGCGUCGACAGAACGCCAUCAGCGGCGACCUGCAGCUGACGCAGCCGCUGUUCGAGGCCACGGCACCGGCGGGCUUUGAGACAUGGCAGCCCACCAGCGAAGCCCGCGAGUUCCCGUUUUCGUUCGCGAUUCCUGGGCACCUUCACGAGUCGGUCGCCACAGAGUAUGGCCAGAUUGGGUACGAGCUCAAGGUUACCCUGCGGACUUGCGGAUUCGGAAUCAACGUGUGGACCGAGUCGCUCAAAAUCCCGGUCUACCGGGUCCCUGAGGACGGCACGCCCUGGGCGCUGUCGCUUGCAGAGUCGAUGCAGCUGCAGGCCGACUGGCUUGGUGCCGUUGAGCUGGAGGUGCUCAGCGACUCGGUUGCUUAUACAGAAAAAUCCAAUAUCGGCGUUAAGACGGUCGUGCGACCGCUGAAGAAGGGAUACACCCUGGUGGAUGUGGGGCUGAAGCUGCGCGAGCGUAUCCGCUGCCCGACGGUGGUCAACAAAUUCGGAGACACAAAGAACAUUGAGAACACACUUUGUGAGUCGACGCUCAAGACCAGCGACCCCGAAGGCGGCCACAUGUUCAUGCUGCCACUGACGCACGAGCACAGCUUUGACAUGUCACUGACUCUAGUUGUUGCUGCCACUAUCUUUGAUGAGAAGGGCGAGCCGCACUACUUGCGUACAUCUAUUGGUGUGCACAUUGUCCCGCCCAUGGCCAUCGAGGGUCAGUUCUCGCACCUGCCAUCGUACACAGAGUCCAACGACGACGCGCUGCUGCUGCGGGCACCAGCCAGUGCACUCCGCCGUCCGUCACAAAUCCUGGCCUUUUCACCUUCGAUGAACAAUCUUGCGCUUCCACCGCCCAGCUACCAGGCCCACACCAUGUCAUAUAACCGCCACAGCAUCACCGUGUAG